UUUGCGCAAUACUUGGAUUAAAGCUUGGUUUAUUGAUUUGUUCAUCAUUUGGAUCAUUUUUACUGAAAAAGCUUUAAGUGAUGAUAAACUUCCAAUUGAAGAAUAUAUUUCUUCAUUCUUAUUAAUCGUUUUAAAAAACCAUUUAGAAGCUUUGUAUCAAUCUUUGGUUCCUUCUUUUCAUCAAUCUUUGAUUCCUUCUUUUCAUCAAUCUUUUGUUCCUUCCUUUCAUCAAUCUUUG